UUUCAGUUCGGAAGGUUGUCAUCAGUCAAUCACGCAUCCCGGAUGCCCGGAUUGGUCCCGGAAAUGAAUAAUUAGGGUAGCAACUCGUGUUUUGAAGGUUGGUGUUUGAAAAACCACUCCGUGUUAUGUAAUUUGGAGGAUUAAACCCUCGAACAAAGUCCUUCAAAGUGAUAAUUCGAUAACCAACUUGUUUACAUUGUGAUAAUUCCUUGAAAAGGUAAAAUGGCCACGACCGAACAGUUUUCGUUGCGCUGGAACAACUUCCAUUCUAACCUCACUGCUGGCUUCCAUGAAUUACUCGAAUCCUCUGAAAUGGUGGACGUCACUUUGGCUGUGGAAGGGCACUUCUUUCAGGCGCAUAAAGUCGUUCUGUCAAUAUGCAGCCCCUAUUUUAAACAGAUGUUUAAAGUGAAUCCGUGCAAACAUCCCAUCGUCAUACUUAAAGAUGUGGCUCAUGGUAACAUGAAGGAUAUUCUCGAGUUCAUGUACAUGGGAGAGGUGAACGUACUCAGGGAAAAUUUAGCGACGUUUUUGAGAACUGCGGAACUUCUGCAGGUCAAGGGAUUGACAGGAGAUGACUCGAGCGAAACAUCUUCCCGAAAAGACGAUAAAUCCGAUUCCAUCGCCGAUAACGACGAAGAUCCGGAUCUUGCCCAGUUCAAUCACUUGAUCGAGUCCGACGUAGAGUUACCACAACAUUACUCAACCCCCCGAGUUCCUACACCCCCUCAGAGUAUACCACAGCCUAGUACGAAACGGCAGUCAAAAAGCUUGAUCUCAAACCCCCAUUUUAAAAGAGCGAAGUCAGAUUACGUUCCAAAGCCUAUCAAAGUCGAAAAUGAAACUAGUGUGAGUCAGAAUGAAGAACACGAAUUCGCCGAAUCGCCGCUUAAAAACGAUAAAAGCGCCGGCGAACUGGAGGAAACCAAAGAUAAUUUGAAACAAUUGUUAGAAAAUAAUUUUACGAAUACGGGAACGAACGAUUCUACGAGCGAUCAAGUUUUUAUGGACGUUUUUCCAGCUGGUUCAUUCUGUUGUGGGAAAGUCACGUGGAAAAGCAGUAAAAGAAGACACAAUAAAUGUAUAUUUUUCUGCGUAGCAGUUUUAUUCAACUUAAAAACAGCUAACAGCUUAAGUACACAUUUAAUUAACAAUGAAAAUCAAACAUCAGAACACAUGAUUCAGUGAACAUUUUUACUUUGACUCAUAAUUGAUAAUUUUUGUUAUGAUUUGAAUUAACAAAAGUAUUUGUUGAUGUUAGGGACCGCUGUGAUAUAUUUUUGUAUUGUUCAAAUAUCUGUAUUUUUUAAAUACAAAGUGGUGUUUAUCUAACCUUGAGUACUUUAACCUACCACUAUAAAAUCGUAAGUGGCAGAUUUUGAAUAUCAACGUAAUAACUGUUCUUAAUUUAUUAUUAAUCACAAUCAGAUUUUUAACUACAGAGUUAAAAUGAUGUGCACUGAUUAUAUGAGUGCAGAAUAUUCGCACAUUGAAAAUUUUCAUUGUUGGGCAGAGUGGUAACCUGAGCCUACGAACUUACCCGAAACUUUCGAAAAGUGCUAACAAUCUCUUCUUGUCAGUAUUUAAAAUAAGUUUAUACAAUUUAUUUGACUUCGAAAAUUUAAAUUGACAGAAUAAGCUAAAAGGUAACAUUGGUAGCUAUACUUGAAAGAAUUCGGAAAUUUUGACGGUAACUGGAGUGACAGGAGUUUUUAAAACCGACAACUCUGUGUAUGCCAAAAGAUAGGAAACUGUUGAGAAAUUGGAAUAAUAUGGUCAUAAAGCAGUCGCAUAAAACAUAUACACAUAUUUAGUUCAGCCUUGAGCAAUACCGCAAAGAUAGAAGAUUAGUAGGGACAGUAAUUUAUUAUUCACUGUAAUCGUAACGUACGUAAUUAUACGGUGUUAAAAUUAUCAAUACUUGCAGUGUUAUGUAAGCACUAUAGUUUUAAACAAACAUACAGUUGCAUCUACACAUCUAAAAUUAGAAAAUUGAAAAAAGAAUUAAUUGAAAACAAAUUUGUUUUGGCUAACACAAACCAAUGUAUCACAGCUUUUUUUUUGGCAAGCCUACAUUCAAAUGUUCCAUUGUUAAUGUAAGAAAAUGCCGAAUAAUAAUUAACUCAACGAAUAAACAUUUUUACGUUAAUUAAUUUGUACUGGUUUGUACCAAAUUUUCCACUUCCUUUUUAAUUUUUUUUUGGAAUUCCAGAUGUCUCGUAUUAUAAUUUUGACAGAUUUUUGUAAGUUGUUACUAGAUGCACUUAACACUAACUCAAAUACAAUACGCAGUGACAGGGUAGCUAUUGAAACUCGUCAAGAAUGUAUCGAUAUUUUUCGGUGUUGUGGGGAUAAUAACGUAUUUCGUUCAUUCUAAAAUAGAUAGAAAAAUGUCAUGAAUUUGACUGACUUUUGAAUUACUUUCUGAAACUUUGUACUUGGUGUGCUUAUUAGACUUAACUCUUGUUUUUUAAAUCGAAUCAAGAGUGUAAUUUUUUGUCUUUAUUAGAAGAAUUCGAAAAAUGCAACAUGAAAAUUUUCCAAAAUUUAAAAAAUAUAAGAAUUUUAAAAAAUCACUAGAAUUUAAUGCACAAAACUCGGACUAAAAAAUAAGGGUUUCCGUCUUGGCUAGUCAGGUAUACCGCGUGUUCGAAAAAAAUUCCAAAUCCAUAGCUGUUUUAUUUUUUCGAGCAUUGUUUAAUACGUCGAAUUUUUAACGCUCAUUUGUGUAUGCCUACGACAUUCAACUUUUUUUCUGGAGAGUUUUUCGGAAUUCGUAAUUCAAUAUUU